AUGGCAGGCAACCAAGCUAUCCUCACCAACAACCGCGUCGGCCAGAAGGCCGACCUGGGCAUCACGACGCGUGGCUCGGACUGGUACUUUGCCAUCUGCGCCAUCAUGGCCAUAACUACCGUCAUAUUCUUGGGCAUGGGCUUCGCCAAGCGCGAGACGCAUCGCCUGUUCCAUUACAUCACGGCAUCCAUCACCUUUGUCGCUUGCAUAUCAUACUUUUCUAUGGGCGCUGGCCUGGGCCAAGUGCCCAUCCAGGUCGAGUUCCCGCGUAGCAACGACAUACUCGGCCCGAACGGCACCGGCACGCGCGAGAUCUUCUACGUGAGGUACAUUGACUGGGCCAUUACCACGCCGCUGCUGCUGCUCGACCUCUUCCUCACGGCCGGUCUCCCCUGGCCCAGCAUCCUCAUCGCCCUGCUCGCCGACGAGGCCAUGAUCGUUACGGGCCUUGUCGGUGCCCUCACAAGCACGAGCUACAAGUGGGGCUACUGGGUCUUCGGCAUGUUGGCCUUCUUCUAUGUUAUUUAUGCACUCGUCAUCGACGGACGCCGACACGCCGCCUCACUGGGCGGCCAUGUCAGCACCACGUACCGAAACUGCGGCGUGCUCACCAUCUUCUUGUGGUUCAUCUACCCGAUUGCCUGGGGUUUGGCGGAGGGCGGUAACCUCAUCCACCCGAAUUCCGAGGCCGUCCUUUACGGCAUCCUCGAUGUGCUGGCCAAGCCCGGCUUCGGCCUGAUCUUGCUCUGGGGUCACAGGAACAUUGACCCAACGGCGCUGGGCCUGCACAUCCGUGAGCCGGGCCAGCCCAAGACCCGCAAUGGACAGCACGAUGGUGACCACGGCCACAUCGGUGGCGCGGGGCCUAGCAAUGGGCUUUAA